AUUAUUUCGUGUCAAUGUGAAGCGCCGCCUUUCCUGGUAUUGCUGAGAACCGCCGAGUCCGGACGGGGUGCACUGUCUUACCUUCUUCAAAAAGCGACAAUGAAUCCGGACCUACGGAAAGAGCGUGAGGCUGCAACCUUCAACACCGAACUCCUGACCCACAUCUUGGACGGAGGCUCCGAGCGGACUCGGCGGCGGAGAGAGAUCGAAUCGUUGGUGAUUGGUGACCCCGACUUUUGCCAUGAAGACGCAAACUUCCUCUCCCGCAGUGAACGCUAUGAAGCAGCAGUAAAGAAAAGUGCCCUGAUGAUCAUGAAGAUGAGGGAGUAUGGCAUCUCAGACCCAGACGAGAUCUACUAUUACAAGUGCAUUGCAAAUGGAAGCCACCCAGAAGCUAUUGGUCUCCAUUUCGUCAUGUUCCUUCCAACCUUGAAGAGCCUCUGCACACCUGCUCAGAUGGACAAGUGGCUUCCCCUGGCACUGUCUUUCCAAGUCAUUGGCACAUAUGCGCAGACAGAGAUGGGGCAUGGUACACACAUCCGGGCACUUGAGACUACAGCAACAUUUGACCCAGCAACUCAGGAGUUUGUACUCAACAGUCCAACUGUCAGCUCCAUCAAGUGGUGGCCAGGAGGAUUGGGGAAGACAUCAAACCAUGCAAUUGUCCUGGCACAACUAUACACACAAGGCCAGUGCCAUGGCCUCCAUGCUUUUAUUGUGCCCAUCCGGGCAAUGGGAACCCAUGAGCCUUUGCCAGGUGUCGUGGUUGGAGACAUUGGACCUAAGUUUGGUUUUGACGAGAUUGACAAUGGGUUUCUGAAGCUGGAGAAUGUCCGCAUCCCAAGAGAAAAUAUGCUGAUGAAGUAUGCCAAGGUGGAGCCAGAUGGAAGAUACAUAAAGCCUCCAAGUGAUAAGCUGACAUAUGGUACCAUGGUGUUCAUCCGUUCUAUGGUUGUUGGGGAGUCUGCAAAGGCGAUAUCGAAAGCAUGCACCAUUGCCAUCCGUUACAGUACUGUCCGUCGUCAAUCUGAGUUACGCCCUGGGGAGCCUGAGCCACAGAUCCUUGACUACCAGACCCAGCAGUUCAAACUGUUACCUCUUUUGGCUACUGCGUAUGCUUUCCACUUUGUGGGUCAGUACAUGAGACAGACCUACCUUCGCAUUACUGGGGAUAUCAAUUUGGGAGAUUUCAGUGAGCUUCCAGAGCUGCAUGCACUGUCUGCUGGGCUUAAAGCUUUCACCACUUGGGUGGCUAGUGCUGGCAUUGAGGUUUGCCGCAUGUCCUGUGGUGGCCAUGGUUACUCACAUUGCAGCAGCCUUCCUGGUAUUUACGUGAAUUUUACUCCAACUUGCACCUACGAGGGUGAAAAUACGGUUAUGAUGCUGCAGACUGCUAGGUAUUUACUGAAGAGCUAUACGCAAGCCAGUGCUGGCCAAAAGGUCAGUGGCAUGGUAUCAUACUUGAAUGAGAUGUCCCAACAGCGGCUACAGCCUCAACAGGUGUCUGCCCGAAGCACUUCAGUGAACCUCAAAGAUCUGUCAAGUCUAGUUGAAGCUUACAAGAUCAGGGCUUCCAAGUUGGUUGAACUGGCAGCUAAGAGCCUUCAGACAGAACUUCAGCUCAUGAAGACGAAGGAGGAUGCAUGGAACCACUGCUCGAUUGAUCUGGUUAGAGCCUCUGAUGCUCACUGCCACUUUGUCAUAGUGAAGCUUUUCUGCUCCAAACUUGCAGAGGUGGAGGACACAGCUGUCCACUCUGCCCUCUAUUCCCUGGCACAUCUUUAUGCUCUUCAUGGGGUCUACCAAAACACUGGUGACUUUCUGCAGGCAGGACUUCUUACUGUCCCACAGCUGACACAAGUAACCCAACAGCUGAAAGAGCUUCUCUCUCAGAUACGCCCCAAUUCUGUAGCACUGGUCGAUGCCUUUGACUACCGUGAUGAAAUGCUCAACUCUGUUCUUGGCCGUUAUGAUGGCAAUGUCUAUGACAACAUGUUUGAGUGGGCACGGAAAUCGCCGCUGAACCAGACUGAGGUCCAUAAUUCCUUUUACAAAUACUUGAAGCCAUUGCAGUCGAAACUGUGAAUGGUCAGCAGAACCAGUGACCAGACUCUGAUGCUUAAUGUCUCUUCAUCCUAGAAGCCAUCAGUUUAAACAACUACUUAUAGGCAGUGACAACUAAAGAUGAACACUGAUCAGACUAACCUUUAAGAGAUUGGAAUUCCAUUGAUUGAUGUGAUUUCUUCUUUCCUUUGUUCUUAUUGGCAGAAUAAUCAUAUAGUAUUGGUUUAUCUGAUGCCUGUGAUAUUCUCUGCCCUUCAUCUUUAGUUUCUAUCCUUCCAGUUGGAUGGAAUUUUUCAUGGCUUUUAAGUUUUCUUAUCUGUCAAAUGAGCAACUAUUCUAGAACUU